CUUCCAUAUUUUUCUUUUAUUAUUAUGUAAAACAAAAAACCAUUUUUUUUAAAAAAAACUUUCUCAGUUUCUAACAUGCUUUUUUGUGUGUGUGUGUGAAUUAUUGGUUACUGUUUUGCAGAUUCACUUUUAUCAGAGUUAGCAUAACUUUGUGCAUGUUUUACUUUUUUCUGUACCUAGUUUUGCAUUAUUAUUUUCUUUCUUGUUUUCUGUGAAAGUGGUAACAUGAGUAGCAGAACACACACCUCUCUUCAGGUAAUCAAUCAAAGUUCCUUCAAAAAACGGCAAACUAAUUUCUUUCUCUUUUUGGCCAAUUUCUUUACUAUUUGUUUUUUUGGAUUCAUUGUAACUCUUAAGAUACUACAAAACAAACAAAUGAUCAUUUAAGGACAAGAUGGAAAAAGGAGGGAGCAGGAAAAUGGCUGCACAUAAUACUUCGAAAAAAGGGCGUCGAGAAAGGAAAAUGGCUUUGAUACAAGAUGUUGAUAAGUUAAAGAAGAAGCUGAGACAUGAAGAGAAUGUUCAUAGAGUGUUAGAAAGAGCACUCACUAGACCUUUGGGAGCACUUCCUCGUCUUCCUCCGUAUCUCCCUCCUCAUACAUUGGAGCUUGUGGCGGAAGUUGCCGUAUUGGAGGAAGAGGUGGUUCGAUUAGAAGAGAAGGUUGUGAGUUUCAGACAAGGUUUAUAUCAGGAGGCUGUCUACAUUUCCUCCAAGAGGAAUGCGGAAAAUUCGAUUGAUCCAGUAGAGAAGAAUUCAAUCAGAGGAUCCAAACAUCAAAGGUCAAAAUCUUUGUCUCAAAGUGAGCUUACUUCUACUAGCAUUAAGCCUCAGAUUUCUCUUUCCAGAAGUGCUUCUAGUAGAAAGCUAGUCAAUGGGAAGCAACUGCAUUCAAAACAAGAUUCUUUAUCAUCAAUUCCAGAAGCAAAAUCAAUUGAGAAGAAAACGGCUAAAGUCAUCAACCCAGUGAAGAAAUCACCAAUAAAACAUGAAUCAGCUGACAAGUGUGCAGAUCAGUUGAAGUUGCAGUUGGAGAAGAGAUUAAUAGAUCAAGAAAAAGCACAAAAUUCCUCAAGUUUAUCAGAUAAUGUGUUAGAAGUUGAUAGCACACCAAAUAGAGUUUCAGAGGAUAUUGUCAAGUGCUUAUGUAGUAUAUUUAUGAGAAUUGGUACAUUCAAGGACAAUUUUGGAGAGUCGAAAACACUUACGCGCGAUCCAUAUGGUAUCUGUUCAAUAUCCAAAACUAGAGAUAUUGGUGCCUACAACAGUUUUUGUGAGAUUGAAGCUUCCACCAUUGAUUUCAACCUAGUGAGAAAUGCAGUGUUUCUGAUCAAUAGAUUAAAGUUCCUACUUGGGAAGCUUGCUUCUGUGAACUUGAAGGGUCUUACUCAUCAGGAGAAACUUGCAUUUUGGAUAAACACUUAUAAUUCAUGUAUGAUGAAUGCAUAUUUAGAAUAUGGCAUACCUGAGAGUCCUGAAAUGGUUGUAGCACUGAUGCAGAAGGCAACAAUAGUAGUGGGGGGGCACUUACUCAGGGCAAUUACAAUAGAGCACUUCAUCUUGAGACUUCCUUAUCACCUGAAUUUUACCUGUCUAAAAGCUGCAAAAAAUGAUGAGAUGAAAGCAAGAGGCAUAUUUGGUUUGGAAUGGUCUGAGCCUUUGGUUACAUUUGCACUAUCAUGUGGAAGCUGGUCUUCACCUGUGGUAAGGGUGUACACAGCAUCACAAGUUGAUAACGAGUUAGAAGCAGCGAAGAGAGAUUAUUUACAGGCAGCAGUUGGCAUUACAAAAACAAACAAGUUAAUAAUUCCGAAGAUACUUGACUGGUUUUUACUUGACUUUGCAAAGGAUUUGGAAUCUUUGUUGGAUUGGGUCUGCCUUCAGCUACCUGUUGAACUGAGAAAGGAAGCAGUAGAAUGCCUUGAAAGAAGGGGAAGACAGCCUCUUUCACAGAUGGUACAGAUGAUGCCAUAUGACUUCAGUUUCAGGUUGCUUGUACACCAAUAACCCAGUUUUGUUUCUUCUUUUCGGACAACCACACAUAAGCCAGCGAGAGGUGCUGUUUGUCACUCGAUUCUUCAAUCAGUACAGAUUUCGGAACUUUGGUGUGGCAGAUUUUGUAUAUUGGAUAGUGUACAUAGAAAGUGGACAGAAAGCAAUGUUUCCUUUGAUAGGGUUUUGACCUAUGUAAACUGUGAUAAGGUUCUUAGCAAUAAAUUUUAAGAGGAGUGAUUGUCUCAUUUCAAAAUACAGAACAAUAAAA